UUGAUGCAUGUAUUUUCUUUUUGAAAGGUUUCUGUUAGUCAUGGUGCGCAAGCGUAAGUUAGGGGCAUCUGCAAGUUAUGGAGCUGAAGAUGCUAAUUGUGCUGAAAAUACAAUAGACAGAUUUAGCAAUCUUCCCGACGAAGUUGCUCAUCGGAUUCUUUCCUUCCUCUCUUUCAAAGAUCUCACUCGAGUGGGCGCCUUGUCGAAAAGAUGCAGGCAAUUUUAUCUAUCAGCUCCGGUCGUGAGUUUUGAAUAUUCAAGUUGCAAGCCACGUGGAGUAACCAACCAGAAGAUAGCGAAGUUGAUGAGCUCUUUGGAUAGGUACUUGUGUUAUCGUGGUGAUCAUAGGAUGCAGAUCUUCAGCAUUAAUUGGAGCUGCUUUUGGUCUGAACCAGCGAGCAAGUUUUCUGAUGAUCGUUUUCGGGUGAUCACCUGGAUUGUUAAUGCGGUAAGGUGCAAUGUUGAAGUGCUUGAUCUCCGUUUGGCAUGUGAAUUUCUUGCGCUUCCAUCUUGCGUUUUUCUUUCUGAGUCUUUGCGGUCGCUAUCAGUGCAUUUGUCUUGGAUGAUUCUUGAAGCCCCGUCUGUAUCCUUUUCCAGUAAUCUCUGUUACUUAAAACUGGAAAAAGUUACAAUAGUGGAUGAGAGGUUUUUCAAAUGGAUCUCACGUUCCUGCAAAUUCAUGAAGGAAUUACAGCUUAUUUGGAUUCGAGGAAUACAAAUAAUCUCUAUUGAAAGUUCGUCUUUAGAAUCCCUUCUUGUUUGGAUCAAUGAUCCUAACCCUAUUCAUCUGAACGUCUCUGGUCAGAAACUUGAAAGUAUUGAUAUAAGCUUUAAUGAUUACUAUGCGCGAACACGCAGCAUAGAGGUGAAUAGUUUUGCUCCAAAUCUGAAAUAUUUGAAAUGGGAAGGCGUUUUGAACAAUAGUCUGAAUCUGGGGAAAUUAACGGGUUUGGAAAAAGCAUUCCUGGAAGGUUCCAUGUCAGCACCAUUGGAUAAUAUUCGUAAAUUGGGUAUUCAUUGUAGUAGCUUGAAAGAUGACCUUGUCCCAGCAAUGGUCUCUCUUGUUAGAGGAAUGACUAAUUUGAAUAGUCUAUACAUAAAGACUAGCCUUGACGGAGGGGACACCAAAUCUGUAGUAAGUUCUGGCUUUGGUAUGGGAUACUGGAAAUUGCAAAACCUUGCUUUUGUUCGUCAGCUAAAGGAGGUAACCAUAGAGCCUUCCACUGGGUCUAAUGAAAUCGAAUUUGCACGGUAUAUCCUGGAGCAUUCUCAAAAUUUGAAGAAAAUGUUCAUUUUUCUUCAUCAUGGAGCUAAGCAAUCAGAAUUAGCAGGAAUGUUAAGCCGUAGCAAGAUGAUUUCUACUGCCACAAUUGUCAUUCGGGGUUCAGGGAUGGUAAGAUGUAAAAGGAAGAAAGUUUGUUUAUAGAAAACUUUAUGUAUGUCCUUGUUGUGGGUGUUACUAGAUCCAUUUUGGAAGCCAAGAGCAUUUGUAAUGCCACAAUUCUCUCAAGUCAGAAAGCUAGCAAAGAAAAGCUGCUCUGGUUUUGUUUAUAGAAGAGGUUGUAGAUAAUGUAAGAACUUUGGCAUGGGAUUGUUUGGCAUUUCGAUUAGAUUACAUUGAACUCUUUUGUUUAGUGUAUUUGUGUUUUA